AUGCGAUUCCCUUCCAACUCGCCCUUUUUGCUUCUGAUCCUUCCCGCGCUAGUCGGCGCUCUCAAAGACCCUGUAGCAGCUUCUGGGGCUGCCUCAAUCGACAAUACUGGUGCCAUCGUUGCCAAUGACGACAUUACCGCGCCCAAAGGCCGUACCAGCCUACCCACCAAAGACGCUCCUGUUGAUGGCCGUGAUGGCAAGCCGCACCAGGGUCCUUUUGUCGAGACGGAUGGCAAGUCGACCAAAGGAACCACGGACGGCAAAUCAGUCGCUGCCCUAGAGAACAUCAAGGGUAGACCCGAUGACCCGACAAUUGUUGAUGGCAAAAAGAUUCCUGAGACCAACGAUGGCAUCAUGUUUGACAAGAACCGCCAAAAGGCCAAGGAGGGCACCACCGGUAACCAAGGGGGCGUCUCAGAAAAAGACAAGGCUCGCAAAGCCCAGGAGGGCAAGACGGGUGAAAAGCUCGUCACACAACCAGAACCUCCCAAGGAGAAGCUCCCUCUACCUCAUAGCGAAGAAGAAAAGUUGAACGGCGGCAAGGAGAAGCCAAAGACCAAACCUCUGGACAAGGAAGCCAUCAAGGACGGCGAUAAUGGCGGUUAUGCUGGACUCGAUAAACCCGACGAUCUUGGCGAAAAGACACGCGAGCAACCACCGGUGCCGCAGUCUGUUGAUAAGGACCAUCUCGAAAUCCACAACCCCAAGACGACGACCACCAACCCAUCAUCUAAAACACCUCUUGCCGACGUCGACGAGGGGAUCAUUCAGCCCUUCCACUCCUUCGUUUUGUCUCUCACCAUGAUUCUCGUAUCUGAAGUUGGUGACAAGACCUUUCUGGUCGCAGCCUUAAUGGCGAUGAAGCAUGACAGACUCGUCGUCUUCUCUGCCGCGUUUGGUGCUCUGCUGGUCAUGACCGUCCUCUCCGCGGUUCUCGGCCACGCUGUGCCUACUCUGAUCCCCAAGCGCCUCACCAGUCUGCUUGCCGCGGGGCUUUUCUUCGUUUUUGGUGCGAAGCUGUUGCGCGAGGGCAUGCAGAUGGAUCCACACGAAGGCGUCGGUGCCGAGAUGCGCGAGGUCGAGCAAGAACUAGCGGAAAAAGAGAAGGAGUUUGGCCGUGACCACAACGGUUCUAUGUCGGCAGACGCCCUUGAGAUGGGCUUGAAUGGCCGGGGGUCACGAUCUAAGAGCCGGCUCGGUUCUCCUCCGCGCUCUCCAUCGCAGUCGCCAUCCCGCCAUCCUUCUAGAAAAGCCGGGCCUCUGGGCGGCUUCCUGUAUGGGGCCAGCAACCUCUGCAGCCUGCUCAUCAGUCCCAUCUGGGUGCAGACCUUCAUCAUGACUUUCCUCGGCGAAUGGGGCGACCGAAGUCAGAUUGCGACCAUUGCCAUGGCUGCUGGCCAGGACUACUGGUGGGUGACUUUGGGUGCUGCCGUUGGCCAUGCCAUCUGCACCGGCGUUGCCGUUAUUGGAGGGCGAGCCAUUGCUGGCCGUGUCAGCCUGAAGGUUGUGACUGUUGGCGGUGCAGUCGCUUUCCUGGCCUUUGGUCUGAUCUACUUUGUCGAAUCAUUUUACGCCUAA